UAUUGUAAUGUGGACUUGUGAAAACAGCCAAGGGACAACUGGAAACGGAAGAUUUAUUGUGAACGGCCAUGGCAAACCCAUCCACCCACCUAAAGGCGUUUUCCCAUACCACGCAGCUCUCACCCUCAUUCACCCCAACGGCACUCACGUGAUAUUCUGCGGUGGCAGCCUAAUACACCCCGCCUGGAUCCUAACGGCGGCUCAUUGUCUGGAACGGGACAGUAAACGGUUUCCAGAAAAUAUGUUAAAUAUCGCUUUGGGAACAAUCUACUACAGUUUGAAAGGAGCUGAAAUAUUUUCCAGUAAAAAACUCUUAAUUCAUCCUUUGUACUUUUCUUCUGGAAGACGUCAUGAUAUUGGCCUGAUCCAACUUGAAGAAGAAGUUACAUAUAGUGAUUCAAUAAAACCGGUAAUAUUACAUACAAACAUGGAGGAAUCUUUAAUGAAUGACGUGGUAUAUCUUACAGGAUUUGGGAUUGUUAAUGAUUUUUAUAAGAAACCGACAAGAUUGAAACAAGCUAUUCUACAUGUAAAUACACCAGACACAUGUUUUCUAAACCAAAACGACACUAUUAAUACCUUGUGCUGUACAUCAACUAUUACAGAGGGCAAAGCCUGUAAAGGAGACAGUGGAGGAGCUCUAGUCCUAAUUAAAAAUGGAACUAUUAUUCAAGUUGGAAUUACCAGUCAUUUAGCUCUGUUAACAUCAUGCAAGAUUACUUUCAAUCACUCUGUAUAUACUAAAGUUGCAGCGUAUAUUGAUUGGAUAUCAGCAGAAACUGGAUGUAACUUUCUAACUUGAAGAGACAAAAAUAGCAAUGAAAUAUUCCCUUCAAAAUUAAAGCUAUAAAAUAUCAGACAACCGAUUCCUAAAGAACCGGUCACAAACCAAAAACUGAUCCUUUCCGACAUCAUAAAACGUUUAGAGGGCCAUCAAAACUUUUAAAAGCCUCU